AUGGCGUCUACUACUCUAGAGGUUGAUGAAGUGGAAAACUUUGCGAGAUCUACACCUUCCGUAACAGUUUACGCAGAGACAAAUGGACAAUACAGCAGUGUUCCAACCGAAGAUGACAAGAAAGUGAAGUUUACAGUUACGCCGGUCUCUGAUGCAGAACAGGAGGAGCAGCAGCAGUCUAACUCAACCCCGUCCAGGCCCGCCCAGUUUGAAAUAGCUGACAGUGAUGAAAAUGCCGACACCCUCACACAAAACAGCAUCACCGCCCUACUAUCCUCCAAAUUCAGGGAUAUACAGAAGAAGUUGAAACAGUAUGGUAUUGAGUCACCACGUUUCAGAAAGAGGCUUGUUUCAAAAUGGGAAAGUCUGAACUACGACACCUGUGAGAACUACCUUUACCUGAAGGAACGAGACAAGUAUAAGUCCAAGAAAUCUGUGACUUUACGAUGGAUCAGCAAGUGGAUGGUGAUGUUCCUAGUGGGCAUUGGUACAGCGUUGCUGGCGGCUGCCAUCCAUGUCAUUGUGGAAAAUCUUGCUCACAAGAAGUUUGAACUUGUACAAGAAUAUUUUGACCAUUGUGCCAACCACAGCUGCCUGUAUCAGCCUGUUCUAAUAUGGAUGGCCAUCAACUUAGUCGUCAGUCUGGCCGGGGCUGGCCUUGUUACAUUUAUGCAGCCAAUGGCAGCAGGAAGUGGGAUACCUUACAUCAAGUCCUACCUGAACGGUGUGAAAAUCCCAGGUCUGCUGUCCUUACGCGCUUUUGUGUCCAAAACCGUAGGAGUGGUACUCUCUAUACUUGGUGGCCUUGCAUGUGGGAAGGAGGGUCCCAUGGCUCACUCAGGAGGUAUCAUUGCUGCUGGCUUGGGCAAAGGCCGCAUCAACUUCUUUGGCAGGAAGAGGUGCUCGGUAUAUGACGGGUUCCGUGACGACCACGAAAUUCGGGAUUUUGUGGCGGGUGGGGCAGCAUCAGGGGUGUCCGCAGCUUUUGGAGCUCCAGUAGGGGGAACUCUUUUCAGUUUAGAGGAGGCAGCUAGCUUCUGGAACCAGGACCUCACCUGGAGAGUGUUUUUUGCUUCUAUGAUUGCCUGUUUUGGUACCAACUUCUUAAUCAGUGCAUUUAAUGGCCACCCCACCAAGCUGUCCGCCCCAGGAUUGGUCCGUUUUAAUGUAUUUAAAGUGGAUUUAAGUUUUGAUCUCAUAGAAAUUCCAGUCUUUAUAGUAAUGGCAGUUUUAGGGGGACUUAUAGGGGCUGCUUUUGUUGUGCUCAACUACAAAUUAACAGUAUUUAGACAAAAAUAUAUGCGAAAGAAAUGGAUCAAGGUUAUAGAAGCAGGAGUGGUCGCCAUGGUGUCAGCAGUCAUAGGAUUUUUGUUGAUGUAUGCAACCAAUGAAUGUACAUCUGUUAACCCAUAUGAUGAUCAUGCAAUAACCUCAAAGUUACAUUGUGAGGACGGAAAGUACAACAGUAUGUCAUUACUAUUCCUCACCACUCCAGAAGGUUGUCUCAAGGCUCUUCUCCAUGAUCCUUUUGAUGCCCAUGGUCCUGUGAGUCUGAUCGUGUUCACUGUCGUGUUUUUUUUCCUUGGUGUGUGGACGUAUGGCCUGAGUGUGUCCAGCGGAGUCUUCAUCCCCUCCCUGGCCAUUGGAGCUGCCUGGGGACGACUUGUUGGGAUUGGUGUGGUACACAUGUUCCCUGACAACACUCACCUGCAAAUGGAUGUGGGGAAGUAUGCAUUGAUAGGUGCAGCUAGUCAGCUAGGUGGUAUCUUACGGACAACCAUCAGUCUCACAGUCAUCAUAGUGGAAUGUACAGGAGACAUAUCAUUUGGAUUGCCCAUCAUGAUUGUACUGAUGAUAUCCAAGUGGGUCGGGGAUUUCAUUACCACGGGUCUGUACGAUAUGAAUGUAGAAGUGAGUGGCAUACCACUGCUACCUUGUGAACCUCCACCCCUCUGUGACGACCUCAGGGCAAGUGAGGUGAUGAGUCAGCCGCUUACAUCUUUCAAGCCUAAAGAGAAAGUCGGCCAUAUACUGGAUGUACUCAAGGCUGAGUGUUGCUGUGGCUUCCCUGUGGUGGAUGACGAUCCAAUGUUCCCAGGAAAAGGCAAACUGAAGGGUCUUAUAUUAAGAUCACAAAUUUUAGUACUUCUCAAAAAAAAGAUAUUUAGCCCAGCAGGUACUCCACAACCUAGAGGUAUACGCUUGAAAGAUUUCAGAAAUUUUUAUCCAGUAUACCUCCAAGUUCAUGAAAUAGAAAUAGAGGAAGAGGAAAGAGAAUACAUCAUGGACUUACGGCCUUACAUGAAUCCAUCACCAUAUACCAUAGAAUCUACAUUUUCACUGCCACGAGUAUUCAAAUUAUUCCGUGGACUUGGUCUGAGGCAUUUAAUUGUUGUAAAUGAAAAGAACCAGGCCAUUGGAAUGGUGACACGGAAAGACUUAGCUAAAUUCAGAGCUGGUUCAAAGAGAGGUAUAGUGAAGAUAGAGCAUUUAAAGAUUGAGGACAUAUGAACUGUACAUACUUAUUCAUCAUACACAUACCUCAUCAUACAUAGGUGUUCCUGUAUCACCUUUCCAUCAUCCUGGUACAGUGGCUGUGUGCCAGACGUCACAGCAACACAGACAUCAUUCAUCCUAUUGUUAUCCACAUGUCAUCAUGAAAUGAAGCUAGUUAUUAUCUGCCACACUACAACAACAAGUCCUCUCAAGAGGUGUCACCCAAAACCGCACCAAAAAUUCAUCGUUUUCAGGAUUACCAGAAAAGUCACGAGGUCAGGAUCCUGAAGAUCGGCGCCUGAAAUCCGGACACCUCACUUAACAGGGAGCUAUUCCAAGUCUUCCUUCCAUUCCACUGUAUAAAUACCUACUAUGCACCUAAGUGUUACGUCAAAUGUGUUAUGUACACAUUUGUGCCAAAUAUAGCACAUGAAGACUUUUUAUUACAUGAUCACUGUACUGUAACAUAAUCUGCCUAUAAUGACAGGAGACCUGUUGGUGAGCUAUGUUAACUUUUUGUUGAUUGUUAAUGUUAUGUUACAUCGAUAUGCCAUGUGUGUUUUGAAACCUUAUACAAAUUACUGGUUAAAAUGUUUUGAUUAGAAAAAAACGUUUUUGUCCUAGGGUUGUUUAUCUUUAGCGAAGUCUAUGUGUGAUAUUCUGUUAGUUAUCUGUAGACAAACACUUAGGGGUUUUUUUGAUGUUGUGCAUAUGGGUUUAUUCAGUUUUUGUAUUGAAAAAUAUUCUUGUUGACUGUUUGUUUAAAGACAAGAAAUUAACACAGGGUUUAUUGAAAAUGAUCCCAUAGUCUAGAAAAAGUAUUGUAAAAUCAUUAAUUUUCGUGGGCGAUUUAUUUCUGUUGAUUUCACAAGUACUCUUAGUCCAUGAAUUCUUGUUCACAUAUUGUUAACGUGAAAAUAAGUAGAUAUUUUGAUUCAAAUUCAAGAAACCAUGUGUCAACAAAAUAAAAUUUCUUUUGAAAAACCACAAAAAUUGAUCCCCACAAAAAUAUCUUAUUAUACAGUAUUACAAACAAGUGUACAGUGUGUAACACGGGAAAAUCCUAGGGGUUCCUUAUUGUAAAGGGUUAAACCCAAAUGUUAUGGUAUUUGUCUGUAAAUGGAUAUACCCAUGGGCUACCAUAUUUGUCUGUGAAGGGAUAUACCCAUGAGCUACCAUAUUUGUCUAUGAAGGGAUAUACCCAUGAGCUACCAUAUUUGUCUAUGAAGGGAUAUACCCAUGAGCUUCCGUAUUUGUCUGUGAAGGGCUAUACCCAUGGGUUAAUAUCUGAUGUUAAUACUAGUUAUACCAAUGUAAGCUGUGGUAAUGUGUUAAAGUUUACAGUAACAUUGUUAUCAUAUCCUGGUAUCUAAUUUGAUGAAUUUAGAUAUCAAAAAGAUAAACACAAAUUAAAAUAGUAAACAAAAAAAAGACAUCAAAAAGGAUUUUCUGCAAACAUCAAUUUCAAGGAGACAUUUUUGGGAAUUGGCCACAACUUUAGGAUCACAGUGUGCAUCACUAAGGUGGACCAAUUGCAGGGCUCUCCCCCUGGGUAAAACUAAGGGAAGUAGUUCAUGAAACAUAUCUGUUACAUUAUAAAAUCUUUUGGAAAUAUCCAAUGAUAUGAUAUCAUCAACCACAUAUCAGAAACAUAGAUAGGGGACUGCUUGAUUUGACUUCUCUGUAGUAUUUUUCAUAUUAUCAUUGAUUUAUAGUUUUGUCCCUUAAAAAUGUUGGGUUUUAAAAAAAAGAAAAAAUGAUUUUUUUUCCCUCUUAUACUAUUUUGAAUUUAUCAUUAGCCUGAAUAAACAUUGUGCAAAUUAUAUAUCAUGUGUAUAUACAAUCACAGAAAUACAUAAAGUGCUAAUAUUGCCCAAGAAAAUGAUUUGUUAGAUAACAUGUGAUUGCAAUAUAAGAAAUCUUUAAGUUUUAAUUUAUAAUUGUACAUACUUGAAGGCUGAAUUAAUAUAUAAUAAUUUAAGAUAUAAUUGAACAUAAUAAAUCCAUAAUGGCUGUUGAUAAAACUGUGAUAAUGUUAUUUGACACCUGUUUUUAAUGUUAUUCUUUAUCAAGGAGUUGACCCUUGAGUUAAUUGUUGAGUGUGAGUUGAAUGAUGAUGAUGUUCUUUAUGUUUAUUAUUAAAGUGUUAACCAGGACAAUAUUGUAUUGACAGUUUUAUUGAUGUGGAUAAAUGACAGAAGUAUUAUACUUUAUUUGCUUUGUCUGAAGUUUGAUUCAAUAGAUGCUGCAAGUCUUGCAUGACCUACAUAUCAGAAUUCUGUCUGCACCCUGCCUGGCAUUUUUUUUUUUUUUUUUUAAAUUAAUUUUGAUAUUUUUCAUGUCCAUAAUAUCAGAAUAUAAACUAAAGAUAUUGUUUCAAGAAUUUUUUACAAUUCUUCUUUUAACUGAUAUGCCAUUUUAUUUUAUCAAAUAAUAAUUGAUCAACCAGGUAUGAUACUUAGUUUUUUUGUUCUAUGAAAAAUAUUGUAUGAUUAUGGAGUAUCCAUACAUGUAAAAAGUUUUUUUUUCAAUAAGCACUUCUUAUGUAUGGUAAGUCUAUCUUAUAUCAAACUGGUGCCCCGCUGUUAUGUUAUGAUUAUUGCAUUUUAAAAAUAAUCCUCAUCAGAUUAUGACAUUCUUGAUAAUUUUAACAAGGAAAGCAUGGACAAACCUUUACCAUAUAAAUCUACUGGGGGUAUAUAGGUAGCAAUGUCCUUAGAAUCAAUAGUACCUUUCCUAAAUCUGUGUUGUAGGCAAACACUCAAAUGACUAUUUGCAUGCUAUCAAAGGUCACGGUAAAUGUUGAAGAUCAUAAUAUUAUGUCCUUUAUUCCUUGUCCUAGUCAUAACUUGAGUAUUUUUUACACAUGCCUUAAUCACAGACACAAGAUUUAAUCAAUGGCAUUGCUAUAAGUCAGUUAUCUAAAAUAUACUUGUUCCAGCUGUCCUAUACUACAGAAUCUGAAAGAUCACUACUAGUCAAGUGUUCAUUUCGUGUUCACUUCACAUUGAUCAGAACAAAAUUGGGUUACCAUUACACCCAUGAAAGCAUUUCAUGUUUUAUUUGAACGUUUUUUUUAUGAAUGUCUGUGUAUAAUUAGAAUGGAAAUGUAUCCAGCUAUUUGUAAUAGUUGAUGUGUUACAGUCCCCAGUAUAGACACUAUUGUCACGUCUCCUGGGAACUAAUUCCAUCAAUAAAAGUGUCACUUCAAAUUAGAAAUAUAAAUUACAAGGUACUUGCUGAAUUUAUCUAUAAAUCAUUUUAGUAUGAAAUGUAACAGGUUAAAUGUGUUAUUAUAUCCUACACUAACAUGACACUGUGAUUUUGUUUAUUUUUAUAUGUUUUUAUGACAAACGAGGAACUAACAUCAUGGCUGCAGUUAUUUAUUAGGUUGAUCCAGGUGGCACAGAAUAUUGGCCUGACAAACUAAAACACUUCAUACUUCAGCUUGUGGCCAACCUGAUGUGUAUGUUUUAUUUAAGUAGAUUUUUACUUAGUGUCAAAAAUAGCAAUACAUUAUUUAUUUUGAUUAGUGCCUAAAGCACUUGAAAAUUGAUUGAAGGUUGACGCUUGAUAAGAUGUAUCAAAGUCUAAUCACAGAUCCAUUGUUUAACAUUCAUCAUUCCUAUGAAUUUGGAAGUGAUAAUUUAGGCUUAAGUUGAAAUGUUUGAACUUGAUUAACAAAAGUAGCAUGAUUUACUUAGUUAGGUUUUCAUAGAUCAUUGUGCAUUUUGAUCAUAUAGUACUGCUGCUUGCCUUAGGACUAUAAAAAGACAGAUAUAGGAAUUGUUUAAAUAAUUUCAACAUUUAAGUGUAUUUAUUAUAAUGCAAUGUUCUAGUAACACACAGAGAGGAGAAAAGUUAAGUGCUUACUUUAUAAGAAUGGUUGUGUUGUUGAUUAAUUUUCUGAAAUGUAUGGCAAGUGUGAAUGAAAUGGAAACUAGACACUUAAAGAAAAAGUACACUGCCAGCCGGCCAUGACACUGCCUGCAGGUAGUACUGUAUAAAGUUUUUACAUCUUACAUCCUUGUUAUCACUGUUAGAGGGAAGGAUACGAGACAUAUACCACUGUACAUUGAUACGUAGUUCAGGGGGAGAAUAUUAGACAUGUACCACUGUACACUGGUACAUAGUUAAGGGGGAGAAUAUUAGACAUGUACCACUGUACACUGUUACAUAGUUACGGGGGAGAACAUUACACAUGUACCACUGUACACUGGUACAUAGUUAAGGGGGAGAAUAUUAGACAUGUACCACUGUACAUUGGUACAUAGUUACGGGGAGAACAUUACACAUGUACCACUGUACAUUGGUACAUAGUUACGGGGGAAAAUACCAUAUGGUUCAAACAGAGGGUUGAUGUGAUGCCAAGAGUUCAGUAAAUGUAUUAUUUCUAGGUUUGUUAAAUUUGUUGUUAUGACAGCAAAUGUAAGACUAUUAUAUGAAUUAACGGCAAUGCUCACCUUCUGAAAACAGUAAAAACGUGUGUGUUGCAAGCAAUGCUUGUAUGUAUUUGUGGGGCAUUUGUUGAAUGUUUGCAUAAAAGAACCUACAAUUGUGGAUGUUUAUUUGAACAAGUUGUACACUUCUUUCCUCUACUUGUUGAGUUCAAUGCUAGGCCUGCUCGAUUGUCCAAACAAACAGGCAGGUCUCAUUUGGGAACAUGCCAUAUUCUUUGCUUUGGACUUUCACAAGCAGGAAACACCAGGUAUACCGUCAAGAUAUGUGUAGACCCAACAACUGAACCCUUGUAAAAAAAGAUUAAAAAUUUUAUAACUUAUGUCUUGAUUGAAAGCCUAAAGGUUUUCUUAAUUGUUCACUUUUGUAUGUUUGUGUAAUGCAAAUCACUGUUUAAGUCUGUAUUUUAAAACUAUUUCUUCACUUUUACCUAUAACACUCACCUUUUUCAAAUGUUACAGUGCUGAAGGCAUUAGAGACAUAAUUACACAAAAUGUGACAGGGAUUCUGGUCAUUCAUCCCUACCUUUUAGUCUGUAUGUAUGUAUGUACUACAGAUGUUCACGAUACCUGUGUUCGAUCCCUGUGAAACAAUUAAAACAUUCCCUAAAUCUGUCGACUGGUAGUGUGGUUGAUAAGCCCACUGAAGUAGGUACAUGGGACAUGUUCUCACUUAAAACAAAUGUUAUGUCCUGAAUUGUAUACAAUGUAUUUUAAUUAUAAAAAUAUUGUGUGAAAAGUGUUGAAUGACACAAAAUACCUUAAUGUUUUUCCAACUUGGCGAUAUGUGUAUACACCACAUGGAACAGAAGUUUUUUCAGCUUAAUAGGAAACACUUGUAUAAAAAUAGAAACCCAGUAUAAAGCACACCUUCACAAUAGAUAAUUCCAAAUACAGCUGACGCUGUUCACAUUUGUAACAAUUCUAGUUUCAAAAAUACCAGAUAUUAAAUUACAACAACAAAAUAGGUUUACGUAUUUGGCCAGAUAUUCCUGACAUGCCAAGUGUUGUCACAGUUCAAGACCAUGACACCAGUAUAUCACAGGCAUAUUCUGCUAAAUAUGCCAGGACAUUGGGGAUCUGGAAAGUCCUAUUUCCAAGGUAAUUAUCAUCCUCAGGUAGUAAUUGUGUGUUCAAACCAAUUUAUGCUUCUUUUAGCUCAUAGAAUAUAAAACAAAUGAAGUUGGUUGAUCUCGAUGUAGAAAACAUUUUUCAGCUGAUAUCUCUCCCUGUAAUGGAAAGAGUUUGAUAAAUACAUGCUCAGGUCCUGAUGUAAUUCUGCAAACUACCCACCUUCUUUGGAAUUUCUAUUGGGUAAUAAUUAUGGAUGUUCUUAUGAGAAACUUUCAAUCAAAAUAUUUGCAAGACUUAUUGAUUUUUAUAUUGAUGAAUAAUACAGAAUUGUUUUAUGUUGUGUCAAAAUUGCAGUCAGAGUUGAAAUCGCCCUGCAAGAUAGAAGAGCUAUCAAGUAUGUGAAUAUAAUGGUUUGAUGAAAGUAAAAAUCUACCGAGAAAGAAAAACAAGCCAGUCUAGUUCUGAGCUAUAUGGGGAAGAAUAUGCCAUACAUGUAUCUAUAAGAUGUUUGUGAAUCCAAACUACAUCAGAGGGGUUUCCAUGUAGACCACACAUCAUUCUGGCUGUGUGAGCGUGUUAAUCCAGGUGAUUUAUGCAAUAAAUGCUUUAAAUGUAAUAAACGAUAUAAACAGGAGUGCCAGAGUAAAAUUUUACUGGUCUGUGGAGUUUACUGAGCAAGGAUUGUGGCAGUCAGUUUUCCUAGAAAGUAGGUGCUUGCUGCCCAAUUGCUUGUCUCAAAUUUCCAGGCUUUGUUUUAUGCAUGCAUAUUCUAUGUCAAAUGAAUUUGAAUUGAUUUUGUCAAUCUUUGUAUUUUUAUAUCCGAUUCCCAAAAAUUUCAUAUUAAAUAAAUUUCUCCUUCUUUUGU